AUGGAGCCGCCGCCGUGGAUUCCGCAGCGGAUUGUUCGAGUUGCAGCCAGACUGGACGACCUGCCCGCAGAGCUUGUCGAGCCAAUUCUCAGGGACCUCAGCUUAUUCCGUGUUCUUCAGCUCGCCAAUACGCCCUCGGCCACGCCGUCCACGUCGCAUUUGAGGGGAAAGAUUGAGGGCAGCCCAUCCUGGAGGUCUGUCUUCCGCACCGGUCAUGACCGCCCGCAGCGCAUCUUUAGGUCACUCAGCCAGCUCGCAUGGGCAUGGAAUUGUCAGAAUGUGCAGCAGGUACCCUUCCUCAACGCAACCCCUCUGGACAUCUCUUUCGAUGAGCUUGCGCGAUAUUAUGGAUCAGACUUUGGUCCUCGAGUGGUUGAAAGACUCGAGUCAAAUUUCCGGUGGGGCUUCAGACAGGUCUUGGGAGUGUCCAAAGGGCAUGAACCGAGUCUAACAAAGGCGCUUUUGGAUUCCAUUUGUCUCUUUGUGCCGCUUGUUGUACUGAAAGCGAUCGACACCGACAACUACAGCGACAUUCCUGAUACUUCUUCAGCACAGGGCACCAUCCCGGUUGAAGACACAUGUGACUCCUUUACACUGCUUAAGUGUGCCCAGAAUUGGAAUUCGGCGCAAUUACAGGCGUUCCUCCCAUACUUUAUACGCGCAUUCGACAGGCUCAAUGAGGUCAAGUCCGAGCAGCUUCUACGACUGGCUGCGCUUUACGAUGAGUAUCCCGCCUGGCUGAAGUUGCCCCUCGGGCCUCAAGAGCCAUCCCCAAGAAACAAUGUUAAACACAUAGGGGAUGCUUUGCGGACUGAUGCCCGUCGGAUACGCUCGAAGAUGCCCCUAUGCCGCCAAGUUCGUAAGGUCAACGCCAUGGAUUGGUAUCGUUUCCGCUUCUCACAUCCAACACUGAUACCUACGGAUGCUGCACUGCAAUUCUUUACAGCGAGCAAGUCUUCGCCGUAUGAUACGAGUCUACUUGAGGAUGCAAGACGGGCGGUUGAGGGCUUGUGGUUCAUAUACAAGCAUGACGGGCAGCUAGGGCACGAGAAGCGUUGUGUCCGAGACAGGAAGACGAUGCAAGUGCGACACGUCGUAUAUACGAAGGACAGACGCGCUGACCCAAGUCCUGCGGCGGAGAUGGACUGGUUGGAGUCUUUUCUGCGUUGCGUCAGGUGGUCUCAUCACCAAGUCAGGAGAAACACACCCAAGCCUCUACUAGAGCCUGCCGAUUACCGACAGUAUAUUGAAGCCGAAGACCCGGAGAUUGUCGCCGAGCAACUUCUGGUGGACUUCGAACUUUCGAGGCAGGACUCGACGGUCAGUACAGCAUUUCCCAGCUUGACUGCGCUGUACAUGCCUCCAUUCUCGUCGAAACGUACGCGAGAUGUGGUCUCGAAGAUGUGGCCCAGACUGGUUGACGAUGCAGUCAGGCAGCUAUUCUGGGAGGCUGCGGUUCAAAAGUUCAAGCGUCACCUCGCAAAAGCACCCGUGCUGCCAGAAUACGAGGAUGGCCAUGUGCUAGCAUGCGAUGCUGUCUCUGAUCAAGACGAUAGCGAUCCAGCCACAGCUGUCGCGUCAAGCAAGUCCGGAAAGUGGACGCAGACAAACUGCUACAUCUGCCGUCUCCGAAUUAAUGAGCCGCACAAAAUCUUUUCCGCCAUGUGCCAACCUUGUGGCGAGUUCAAUCUCGCAGGUUCUAGUCUCUCCCACCCCCAGAACCUGAACCUCGAGGGCAGGACAGCCCUCGUUACGGGGGCUCGAGCCAACUUGGGAUUCCAUGUGACCCUGCGUCUACUUCGCUGCGGUGCAGCUGUCAUCGCUUCGACACGUUACCCCAGGGACGCAGUUGCGCGCUAUCUGAGACAGCGGGAUGCCGCGGACUGGAAGAACCGAUUGAAAGUGGUGGGAGCUGACUUUCGUACUGCCAGCGAUGCAUUCGCUUUGGUUGUUCAGACAAAAUCCAUCCUCAAAGAAUGGGGAUGUGGCCUAGAUAUUCUGAUCAACAACGCCGCACAAACAUUAACCGACAGCGUGGCGAUGGAAGAGGCAGCGGUGAGACGGGAGGUUAUCCUAAGCAACGACCCAGCGCCUAUGCUGGCUGAGGGCAGCUAUAUAGCAAGAGUCUGGCGUGGCGCAACGGCGAAUAAUGCCCCGAGGGAAGCAGGCUUAGAGAACAACACUCAAGGCAAGCUCCCAGUGAGGGAUACGUCUGCGAAGGAUGCGACGCCAGACACGAUCGGUCUGGAAGGUUUGACAUUGAAUCAACAUGCCGAGGCAGACAAUGACACCACGGGAAAGGCGCUCAUAAAACCACCAGAGCCAUCUUCAUGGGUACAAUCACUAGCAGAUAUCCCCUACGAGGACGUGAUCACUGCCCACAGCAUCAACACCUUUGUGCCGCUGAUCCUCAUCCGCGAGCUUUUGCCAAUCAUGGAUCACCACGAGCGUAUUCGACAAAUGCAGGCACGAACCGGUCAUAUUAUAAAUGUAUCCUCCCGCGAGGGUAUCUUUGAAGCCAGCCCCAGCCACAGGUCCAAGAACGGCAAGCACGUCCACACCAACAUGUCCAAGGCUGGUCUGAACAUGAUCACGGAAACCGAGGCCUCAACCGCGUGGCAAAAAUACCGAGUCUGCAUGAACACAGUUGAUCCGGGAUACAUGAGUGCAGCACCUGAAUUCGAGAAAGCAUAUGGUGGCGAGAGGCCACUUAGCUGGCAGGAUGGUGCGGGCAGAGUCCUGUGGCCUAUAGCUAUGGGUGAGGGAAACCAGGAAGGUGUCAUGGGGAACAAAAGAAUGGGGCCCAUCUGGGGCCGAUUCUUGAAGCACUAUGGCGCCGUCCGUAUUGAUACGCGGUUUGGGCGCGGCUAA